AUGGCAACAGCUCACAAUCUAAAAGGCAUUCAAAAGAACAAGCCGCCGCUAAAAGAAAGUGCUACUACUGCUACAAACAUUGCAAAUUCCAACAACAACGCAAGCACAUUAAUAAAUAAUGACACACUAUAUGAUUUUGACGCGCCAAAAUACCGAACAUUUAAUGAAGACUCGACGUAUGGAGAAGAUAGAAGACUUGGAACACCUGCAAGUCCCUUAAUUAAAUUUGAUUCUGUUAUUGCGAGCCCGUUUUGGUCGAAACCGCCUCCGCUUCUACCUACUUCACUUCAUAAAACAAAUAAAGAAAAUAAUGUACCUAAAGAAACCAAUGCUACUACUACGUUUAAAGUAAACAAACUCGACGCACUCGUACGAUCAUCAACUAAACAAAAGACCACUAUCGCCCACCUCAACAAUCACCACCAGGCCAAAGGAAAAAAACCGAUAGAAAUCCCGUUAAAAGUAUACGACGAAUUUAAAGUUGAUCCGUCAGAUUUCUACGAUCAGAAUCAAAAGUUCCAACUGGAACCGGUUCGUAAUUCGAAAAACGCGCUUGAUCAGUUACAUCGAAACUUGGGGAUCAAGAAAAAGAAUCCAUGUGAUGAUCCGUUGUAUAAUUUUGAGGCUCCGACAUGGGGUGAUUUUAAUGAAAAUGUGACGUUUGGUAGUGGUGAUUCUUGGUUUGAUCGGCACUUACCUACUCCUGGUCAAUCUUUAAUUAACACUUCGAAAGUGUCAGUGGCUCCUACAGAACUAAACACAACAAUCAUUCCAACAGCAGUUCCAGAUAUUAAAGACUUAAACCCACAAGAAAGACCAGCGGUAAUCUCAACACCAGUCUCGGCGAACAAAAAGGAACAAAACUUACCAAAGAAGUCUUCUGUCAAUUCAACAACAAUAGUUCCUAAAAAAAUAAAUACACCUAAAAAAUUACUAGUAACAUUCAUAGACGAGUUUUCAGAAAAGGAAGGAAAAGAACCAGACCCACCAAAAAAAUCUUCUAUUAUUUCAACACCAGUUCCCACAGUUCAAAAGAAGGAACCGAAAUUACCAGAGAGAUCAACGCCAUAUCCUAAACAGAUUAAUACACCUAAACAAAAUGUACCCAAAAAAUCGCUGCAGCCAGAUCUACAACAUAAACCGAUAAAUUCACAAAAGAAAAUAUCGCCGAUUACUUCAAAAGCAAUAGUGCUAACUCAAAAGAGACAAAUUUUAAAGAAGAGAAAAUCCCCAUUGAGAGCCCCGCCAAAGAAAGCCAGGAGUUCGUUAAUUCGAAGAAAAUCUCGAGGUGUUCAAAAACGCCAACCGGUUUUACGUAAAAACGUCACAAUUCCAAAACCAUUCAAGUUCCAUUCAACAUCACGAGCAACCCAGGAAAAACGGGUUUCAUAUGUUCCGUUGGCCGCUCAAGUACAAAGAUUUUACAGUGACAGAUUCAAGUCGUCAACGAUGAAACUUAUCAACCAUGUAAACAAGAAUACAAUCAAAGCACCACGACCUCCUUUUUCUGCUAAAGUUGGAUCAUCAUCUAGACACGAUCUGUGUAAGGAGUACCACGAGAGGGAACAACAAACACAAAAACCUGGAAAAGAAAAUAAAACAACGACGACUUCAAAUAAUAAUAAUCCACAUAAAAAAUCUAAAAAGCCGUUGACUCGUCCAAUUGGGUUUAAAUUCAAGACCGACGCGCGUAUUGAAAAGCGUAAAAUCUUUGAGAAAAAGAAUUGA